GGCGCAUGGUUUGAAAAUGUUUACUGUUAUUUCGACAUGUUAUUCGACAUGUUAGUGGGCACUUUUAUUGUGGAAUGGAUCAUUUCCCGUGUACAGAUGCUGGUGAAAAGUUUAAGCGACCUAUAGGUCGUAAUGAAAAUCUUAAUACAUCCAAAUCUAGGCCACCCAGCAUUGAUGACUUUGUGCUUCUUAAACCAAUCAGUCGCGGAGCGUUUGGGAAAGUUUACCUUGGAUACAAGAAGACAUGCCAAAGUCGCUUAUAUGCCAUUAAGGUAAUGAAGAAAGAUGAGAUGGUGAACAAGAAUAUGACAAACCAAGUUAUUGCGGAGAGAGAUGCCCUGGCUCUGUCAAGCAGCCCUUUUAUUGUAAGGUUAUUCUAUUCCUUGCAGACGAGGAGAAAUGUCUUUCUUGUGAUGGAUUACAUGAUUGGAGGUGAUCUGAAGUCUUUACUGUUGGUGUAUGGCUUCUUUGACUGUCCCAUGGCUGUGAUGUAUAUAGCAGAGGUUUCUCUCGCGUUAGACUACCUGCAUAGACAUGGCAUCAUCCACAGAGAUCUGAAGCCUGACAAUAUGCUCGUGUCUAACGAAGGACACAUCAAGCUGACAGAUUUCGGACUAUCCAAAGUGUCACUGAACAGACAGAUUGGAGUAGCAGAUGUCAUUGGAACGCCAUUUGUAACAAAGAGUGGAAGUGAUUAUUUUAGGACUCCCGGACAAGUAUUAUCCCUAACAAGCAAUUUGGCAUUCAGUGUCGAUCGAACCAAAAUGCAGUCGACACCACUGAAGGACAACAAAAUGGAGGUUAACGUGGAAUUGCACGUGCCACAUCACAUCAGUCCCAUGCACGUAUCCAUGGAAACAAGUGCGUUGGGCGUAGCAGACGAGAACUCACGACGUGGUCAGGUGAGGUUUCUCCUGUCGACGACCCCCAAGCUGCGAGACGACGUCGCCCAGGCCGUCAACUCCCUCCGCGACAACGUCGUCAAGCAGAUCGGCUUCAGUCCCGUCUCCUCUUCCUCCUCCCGCAUCCGCGGGGAUGCUUCCCGGGCGACGGACGGCGAUGCGAGCCCGGACGCGUCCUCCUCCGGGGAACCCCGCACUCCCAGCCUCCUCCCACUCGCAAACCUCAGCAGCGACUACUGCUGCUCCGAGUCGGAGACGGACCACGACGACGGAUGCUGCGUCGUCCCGGCGACGGACGGAUGCGGCGUCGUCACGGCGAUGGCGGACGAGGCAGUGCCACGACCAGACGACGCGAAGGUGAAAGCAGACGACACGAUAGCGAACGCGAGCGACGCGAUCGUAGACGCGUCGGGAGAGGACGCCGCCGGCAGCGGGGCGGCGGCGGGGGAGGAGGAGGAGGGCGGCCUGAAGGAGACGCCCGUAUUCUUCAAGAGCAAGUCUGAGAUCGACGGCUCCUACUCGGCACUGAGCCUGCGGAGGCUGCGAGACGGCGACUCACCGCUGCCUCAGAGCGUCGCAGCUCCCGCUCGUCCCCGCGACGAGAGGGGCCCGGCCGACGGAAGGUUGGAGGAGCGUCGAGACGACUCCGCGAGCGUCGUUAACGUCGGUCGGACGCGCGACGAUGCGGCGGCGGCGCGCGCGAGCAGAUCGGCGCAUCCGUCCUCGCGUUCAGCCGGGACGGCGAAACACGGCGCCGUGGAGAUCGAUCGCCGGGGUUUGCCGUCGUCGUCGUCGUCCUCUGUGGGGGGGUCGGCCGGACCGUCGAGUGGUGGCAGGAAGCGGGGCGUCAACCUCAUGGAAACGUCGCGGCCGGAGCCGGAGCACCACCGCGGCGGCGGCACGGGAAUAACGCGCGUGUUUGACGGCAUAUCGCUGCACGGCGGCAGAGGCGGCGCGGAGCCGCGUCCGAAACGCGUCGACUCGCGAUCUGAGUUCGGUGAGGUCGCCGCUGUUGCCGACGGGAUCGGCGAUGCGAGGAUAGAUUGCGACGAUGACGCCGCCGCCACGCGGGACGACUCCCUCGGAAACAUAGAGCUCGCUAGGUGUGACCGGCGCCGCCGCUCCCCUGACGCGACGUGCGGGUCCGACGAUAGCGAUGGGGUGUUUCGCGCGAGCCCGCCGCCCCCGCCCGCAUCCCGGAGGGCGUCGACGCGCAAGCGCCGCUACACGCCGUGCGAUCCGAUCCACACCCCCGACGACAUCCGGCGGCAGAGGGCCCGUGCGAGCGCCUCCUCCUCCGCGGUGUUUCUCCCCGGCGGCCGGCUCUCGCGCGGGAGGCCGCCGAUACAGAGCAUCGCGUGGGACGCGGACGAAGCCCCGGUCGCCCGCGGCAACGACGACGCGCCGCAGCCUCCCUUGGUGAUGUUGAGCGUAGCCGGGAGCAGCAUCCCGGUUCGCCUCCUCGCGGAGACUGAGGGCUGUAGCGUCGUAGGAGUAGGGGUGAGGGAAGCUGAGGGUGGUGACACCGCCGCCGAUGUCGCGUGCGGCGUGCGUCGAGGACGGGCGACCGGUCGUAUGCACGGCUGCAUCACAGACGCGGUACACCGCGCCGAGGUGAACCGGAGCGGAGGCGAAGGGAUCGCCGACGCGCGGGGGAACAACGCGGCGGCCGGCGGGGAGGACGGGGAGAGCCACGAUGACGAGUCGCGCAUGAAGAAGAAGAGACGUACCAGCCUGCCGUUGCCGCUCUCCGUCCGAUUCAAUGACAACGAAUCGCUCGCCGUAUUCUCGGGUGAGCUCUAG